UGGACAAAGGCUGUCGCCUGUCAGUGAUUUUUGUGCUAUCGGCGCGGGCACUCGUUUCCGUCAUGUUGCUCGCCCUCCUCGCGAUCGCGUGCGUGUGCGCCGCGGCCGACAACUACACCGACCUCAAACUUAACACCACUAUCGACCAGAGACUCCACAACAGACUCUCCACCUUCUUUGAUACCAAUCGGACUUUAGACAGACGCGACCUCGCUCUUCUUAAUAGAACUGCGCAAACUUUAGGAAUAAAAAAAGAAGUAGUUGAAAAAAUAAGUGAUUUGAUUAAAAAUAAUGGCACGGUUGAGACUGGGAUUUUGAGCAGACUGUCAGAAGAAGCUAAGGGCAUUGUGACUGCCCUACCCUACCCUACCCUACCCUAUAAGGAAGAAAUAGGGAAGGAUAAACUGGUGCCGAUCGACGAGUCUCCCGAUUAUGCUUCAUCGGUGGUGUUGGCCAGUGACCUGCUGUCUCUGACGAGCGCCGUGGCCAGUGUGCAGGAGAAGGUCUGCAGAGAGCAGGGUUACCGGUUUCUGGACGGACUGCUCUUGAACAAAAGAUGGGCUUUACGAAUGUUCGACGCGUCGGCAAAGUCCCCUCAAGGCCUGCUGUUCGGCUCGUCCUACCACCUGGGCAACUUCGACGAGUGCGUCGCCAUCGACGACUCCACAGAUGGCGGUAUCACCGUCGAGGGGCAAUACUGUUUGGCGACCAUCAAGUGGCCGAAGAAGCACAAAGCGAAAAAGGUUCGAACCGGCCGUGGAGAGACUCUCCGCUGGGCGGUGUGCGUGCCCAGCGCCUGCAGCGCCAAAUCCGUUAAUAGCUUCGUGUCCAGCGUCCUCUCUCAUACGGUCGGAAACAGGACCAGUGUUCAAGUCACCGAGAGAGACUGCUACUCUCGAACACCGUUGACCGUCACGUCUUUGGACGUCGGCUUUUUGGCAGUGAUCCUAUUCUUCGCAGUCAUCUUGCUCUUCAGCACAAUCUACGAGUUUUACAAGAUAAAAUGGGGUGUCAACAAGACGUCGGUACUCCACAAUUUGGUCGUCUCCUUCUCCGUCAUCCACAAUGUGAAAAAGCUGAUAUCGUGCAAGCAGAACCACACGUUGGGCUUGGAGUGCGUGACGGGCAUCAAGACUCUGGCCAUGGUGUUCAUAAUAGCUGGGCAUGCGUGUUUGUUUAUCGCCAGUGGACCAGUGAUGGAUGCUGAGGCAUGGGACCGGUUGGUGCGUCACCCAGCGGACGCGUUCAUGUUAAACAAUUCCCUGCUAGUGGACACUUUCCUGUUCCUGAGCGCGUUCCUGUUCUGCCGGCUCCUGCUGAUCGAACUAGACAAGAGGAAGGGCAGGCUCAACGUCAUACCGAUAUUGGUCUUCCGGUACAUUAGAGUAACUCCCGCGUAUAUCGUGGUGAUUCUGUUCUACAUGACGUGGCUGCCGAAAAUCGGAGAGGGGCCUCUGUGGGAAGACAGGAUGCAACUGGAGCAGGAGCGAUGCAUGACGUCUUGGUGGGCGAACAUUCUGUAUAUCAACAACUAUGUCAACACUGAUCAUCUGUGCAUGUUUCAAUCGUGGUACCUCUCCGUGGACACUCAACUAUUCUUCGUGGCGCCUAUUUUCAUCUUCAGCUUGUGGCGCUGGCGCCGCGUCGGGCCCAUCUUCAUCUCCAUCAGCAUUAUCGUUUCCGUUAUCAUUCCUGCUGUUAUCACGUAUAAGAACUAUCUGGAUCCCACCUUGUUGUUCUAUGCCAAAGAAUUUACUGACAUCGUAUCAAACUUCUACUUCAAGACGGAAUAUAUCAAGACACACAUGAAACUGACUACGUACUUCAUGGGUUUGCUUACUGGUUAUAUAUUGCACAGGAUACAGGAAAAAGAUUACAAAUUCUCUCGCAUCUUCAAAGUGUUCGCAUGGACGACAAGCAUAAUCCUCGGGACGGUGACCACGUUCAGCGUGUCAGUAUUCUACCAGGACUGGUACGAGUACAACAAUAUCGAGGCUGCGGCGUACAUCUCCUUGCAUAAGGUCGCGUGGGGCAUCGCCAACGGGUGGCUGGUCACUGCCUGCGCUACUGGCAGCGGAGGUUAUCUCGGCAAGUUGCUGUCAUGGAAGUUCCUCGUACCGCUCUCUCGGCUUACUUUCUGUGCUUACCUCGUCAACGGAGUCGUCGAGUUGUACUAUGUAGGGCAGCUGAGGCAUCCACUACAUAUAACAUUCUUCACUGUGGUGGCUAAUGCUAUAUCCCACAUAAUACUGACGUUCUUUUUGGCUACGCUUCUUUGUCUGAGCUUCGAGUCACCUAUUCAUGGAAUCGAGAAAAUUCUUCUCAGAAUGUUUGCCCGGCCAGUUUUAAGUGAUAACGCUAUGAGAAACCAACAGGACCAGAUAUCGAGAAACACUAGUCAAAGAAAAUUAGAAACGUAGCAGUAGUUAAUGUAUAAAUUAAUUAAAUUAAUAUUCGAAUGACUGAUCGGAAUGUAGCGCCCGGGAAAAUACUACAAGCAAAGUGUCAGAACAUUGUAAGCUGCAAGUAGAGUAUCAUGAAGAUACUAACUUAGUUAUAUGAAAGCUAACAGAAGCGACAAGCGCGAUAACGCGACGGGGCACAACACAGCAAUGAUGUCAAAGACAAAUGUUACCUACUUUGAAAGAGACCUAUUGUAAAUGAGUUUUGCCGAUCGAUUUGCAAAAAAAAAUGUUAGUAAUUAAAUUAGGAUGCCUCAUGUUUCGGAGCUUGGCGCCUAGAAAAUACGUUAAGUAGGUAUAAUAGUAGGUAGAAUGCUUAAUUAAAGCCCUUCUUGCAUAUUUACAAUAUAUGAGUAAAAAAACACAUAAAAUACAUUAUUUGUCGUUCAAAGGUCUAAAAAUUAAAAUUAAAUUAUAUUAGGACAGCAUUAAUGAUUUUUUUUUAACUAAGUGAUUUGGUACCUCAUGAUUCAUGAGUCAUGAAUUACCAAACUUUACAUUACGUAUACCAAUGAGGAUAUAAUAGGAGAGCGGUACUGUCAUAGUAAAUUUUGUAACCACUGUAAAUUCACUGCCAUCUAUCGACAUACUUUAAAACUAAAAAUGAAGAUUUAUAAAAAUACGUUAAAAUGUAUUUAAAUAUGGAUAAAUGAUUAUUUCAUUUGUAUUAAUUAUUUUUAUAUGAUUUUGACCCAUGUUCUUUCACUUUUAAAAUUAUAAAUAACAAACGAAACAGUCAACGCCCUCUAUACGAGAGUUGGCCAAAACUAGUAGUGCCAUCUGAUCGAGAAUCAAAUUUUCGUGAUUUUCGAGGCACGUUUUUUCCUUCGACUGUAUCCAUCUAUUACGGAGUUAUAUCUAUCUUUGCGUAUACCAAAGAGGAUAUAAUAGGAUAGAGCGGUACUGUCAUAGUAAAUUUUGUAGCUACAGUAAAUUUACUGCCAUCUAUCGACACACGAUUAAGACUAAAAAUAAAAAUAUCAAAAAAUGUAUUUAUAGAUUGAUAAAUGAUUUUUUUACUGCAUUAAUUAUUUUUAUAUGAUUUUGACCCAUUUUCUUUCACUGAUCUUCGUUAAAAUUGUUAAAUAACAAACGAAACCGUCACCGCCAUCUAUACGAGUGUAGGCCAAGCCAAAGGUAGUGGCGCCAUCUGAUUGAGAAUCAAAUUUUCUUGAUUUUCGAGGCAUGUUUUUUCCUUAGACUGUAUCCAUCUAUUACGGAGUUAUAUGUAUCUUUGCGUAUACUAAUUACUAAUUUCAAAUGGAAAGUUAAUCCGAGCAUGUCACAUAUAGACAUCAGCUCCAAGAGCUACUAGUUAAUAUGUAAAAUAAAUACAAAGCCCAAGGGCCAUACUGAAAGUUUUGCGUAACUUUUGAAUAAAAACAUUUUUACUACAUUUAUAAUAAUACAUUUACUGCUUUUCAAAAUAUUUCCCCUUACAUUUUAUGCACAUAUUGACUCGCUCGGACCAUUUUUAGAAGGAUGAGGCUCAAUCACUUGACUUGACUGCAUGUUUUCGACGUGGUGAUUAAACUUAGUAACUGCCUCUUCGGGGGUCUUAAAUGUCAAACCCCUCAUUAAAUCUUUAAUUUUGGGAAAUGGAUAGAAAUCACAAGGUGCAAGGUUUGGACUACAAGCCGGAUAAGUGACAUUUUUCACGUUUUCAGAAUUCAAAAAUGCUUGUCUUCUUUUCGGUAUAGGGAGACGCAUUGUCAUGAUGCAGGAGGAUGCGGUUUCUUGGUCGUCUCUCGCGGACUUUUUAAAUAACUGUGGGCAGACAAAUGGUAGUACUACCACUUAGUAUUUAACGUUCUUUUAUUAUUUAAAAGUACAAUACAAAUAUGUCCCGUUAAAAAAAAACAGGCGAUCAUUUGUUUGGCAACGCUUUUGGCUUGUUGAACUUUUGUGGGCCUACUGUAACCUUCUAAAGACCCAUUCACAGGACUGUUGCUUUUUUUCCGGAUCGUAGCAGUAAAUACAGGUUUCAUCUCCUGUAACGAUGUUAUAUAUAGCAUUUGAACUCCCUUGCUUAUUAUUACGCAGCAUUUCUCGGCACCAGUCAACAAGUACCUGUUUUUAUGUUAAUUCACAACAAAGCUUCCUGACUUAAAUAUUCUUGUAAAAUCUUUUGUAUUUGACUCAUGCCUAUCCCCAAUUGUCCUCAAAUUUCGUCAUAGGUGAUUCAUCGGUUUUCUUCAAUGAGUCGUGUCACAGCAGUCACGUUUUCUUCAGUCACCGCGGUUGACGGUCGACCUUCACGAAAAUCAUUACCUAGAACACGGCCUCUAAUAAAUUCACCAUUCCAACCCCUCACGGUGCUCAGAUGUGGUGCUUCAAUCUCAAAAGCAUUUUGAAGGCGAGCACUACACUUGCGGAGUAAGCGAAUUUUUAAAAUCUUUUCGCGUCAAAGCCAUGUUUAACGCAAGUGAUUUACUUUGACAAGCCAUUACUUUGAAAAGAAAACAUGAUCGAUAUGUCGCCAACAUUUAUCACAUUCUAUAAACAAAAGCAUGUAUUUUUUUUAUACAAUUCGUAAUUUAAAUGUUUACGAGUGGCCAGUAGUGCAAAACAUUCAGUGUGGCCUAUAAUUAUGUACAAUAAAAUACAAGAAGAGCUUUAGCUAAGCUUUAUACUUACGAGUUAUGUAUUGUAACUGGUAGGUAUUUUAUAUUUUUAUACGGUGAUAGGAUGCGAACCAAUCCAAAACUCAUUUUAUAUACCUAAAAUAUUAGUUGUAAAAUUUGUUACCUUUGCUUUUAAAAUGAAAAGAUAUUAGUAUUAGCAAAUAUCUUAUAGUCUGUACAUGAGCUCCGAGCAACUUUAAGGGCCGCUUUGCUUGCACCCCACAUGUUUGCUGUUGCUGCACGGCGCGGACGCGGGCACUCACUAACUCUUAUCAAAAGUGCUCGAGGCUCGUGUGCGACCUGUAGACUAGAUCUAUGCUUUGGUUUCAUUGCUAUAAGCGAAAGUAUUUCUUCAAUUGAAACACGUAUCUAAAUAUUAUGUAAGUAUCGAGGUGUAGGCUUAUACACAUAAGGCAUUAGUACCUUUAGAUAUCUUUCUGUAAACUAGUACUCAUCCGUAAGUACCUAUGAGGAUUAUUAUGUUCUGCGAACAUUGCCCUUUUUAAUUUAUUUAUUUACCUAUGUAUUUGUAUAUAAAAUAGGAGGCUAACUAAUCAUUUGGAACACUGAAUUUCUGACUCAAAUUUACAGGUAUUGAUACCUGUAAUAUACCUGUACCUACUGUACGAUUGUUAGAGGUGUCCAUUUCGAUAAUUAUUGCUAAUAUUUUAUAAUUAUAUAAUGGGUGUUUCUGCUAUAUAGGUGGAUAUUUUAUUAUGUGGUAAAUUAGACUUGUUGACGCGUCUGCUACUCUACACAUAGUUUGACUAAAAUCUAAAUUUAAUUUAAUGAGUUUUACUGCCAACUUAUCCACACAAUAUAAUGAACGGCUGUAAUAGUAUAGUGACUGGGUUAAGAAUAUCUGUCGUAAAUCACCCUCUAAUUCCCAUUACGUUGACAAUUUCUUACGGAAUCCUCCCCUAGGGUUCUCGUGAAUAUUCAUUAUUUCCUCAUAUCUACAGCACCGCAAAAAUCGAUGUAAGGCCGCCUGCCGCGCUAAACUAUGUUUUUCUAUACAAGGUUUGUUUGGGAUGU